AUGGAGGGAGUUGACAAACGAUGCGAUGCCCGGCAAGAGAGGGGAACUCAAUUUCCCAAGGGGCGGGCACCGGGGGUAAGGGUUCACAAACGAAAAACCGCGAAUCCCACGCGCUCAUUCGCCCUCUUGUCUCUGACGUGUAACCCGGGACCUGUUUACAUCACUUCGCCGCUCGUCGCUCGCCUACCUGGCUUCCACGCGUGCUGCACGACGGCAGGCACAUUUCCGUCAUCUCCCAACCCAUCCUCCAGCCCAGAGUCCAACAUCUACGAACCCAACGAGCGGUCCAAGGGGGUCCUUCCUCGGCUUCAGCCUUCAUGCUACAGUGACUUCACAGCAUCCGUAAACCUGUUGGAUAUCCACGAUCCACAACUCCAGCCCACGGCCCUUCGGAAAACCCACAGACGUAAUGGCACGGCCGUCGAUGAAGCUGUCUCGGUAUCGGUUGUCACCGGCCCGAGUCAAAACAUAUCCGAUCCUGGGGUCGCGAGGAUCCAAUAA